AAUUUUGUUAUCCUCUACCAUAAAUAGAUCUCCGGGAAUGUACAAGUAUCAAGAGAAAGACCUAGAUAAAAGAAAGUCUGAAUGAGAAAAACUGAGGGAGAAAUACCCAGACAGGAUCCCUAUCAUUUGAGAAAAAUACUCUAAAAGCAAACUGCCAGAUUUAGUGAAAGAGAAGUUCCUAGUCCCAAACGAGCUUGCGGCCUUUCAGUUCAUCUACAUCAUCAGGAAGAGGAUCCAACUAGGAGAGAAUGAGGGUAUUUUCUGCUUCGUCAAUAACAAAUAUUUGCUCAAAAAUGACUCUCUAAUGACUGAUAUAUACCAAGAUUACAAAGAUGAGGAUGGUUUCCUCUACAUCACCUAUGCGGACGAGAACAUCACCGGCUAAUUCUGCAGUAAAAUUUCAU